UGAUCAUCUCUUUCUCUCUCUCUCAAAAUAAUUUAUCUUCUCUUUUUUAUUGAACCAAAAUUUAGAUCGAUUUUACCAUCUCCAAGGCUCCGAUCAACCCUCAUUUGGGUAUGUUCUUCAUCAAUCCACCCCCAAUUUCUCUUUAAUUUCUUGAUUUCGAGUAUUUUGAGUAGAUGAAAAUACCAUAAACUUGAUGUUGUUCGAACAUACAUGGAUCAUCAUCGCUUCAGGGAUAAGGGUUUUUCCUUGGAUUAUAAAUGUCUUGAUGAUCGUCUUUUUUGGUAACACAAUUUAGGGCUUUUCUCUUCAAGGUGCUUAAAUUGGUAACUUAAUACAAGCUUUGGAGCACGUUGAUGAUAAAAAGGAUUUGCUUGCAACUCAUCAUUCAAGAACAUGGGGCAACGAAAUAUGUUGUAUACAGGUCCAAUGCUUGAAACAGAACACAGCCAUCUUCAUCCCGAGCCUUGUGUCUUACCUUACGGUGGGAUGCCAAGUUUUCCGCAGCCUACUAAUAAUCACACAAUAUUACCGCCUCCCGGAAACCGAACCAGUUUCAAUCCUCAGCACCUGCCGGAAAAUCAUGGACCUUUGCCUCAUGGAAUUACUCAAUACAAUGGUGUUGAUCAUCAUCGUCCUGCUAACGGUAUUGAGUACAACAAUAUAUUUAUGACACCUUCUGGUGCCAGAGUUUUUCCGGUUGCAAUCAAUCAUGGGAUUCAAGAUCAGUUGCCAUUUUCCGGCAUUCGUGGAAGUUUAGAAAGGAAUGAUGCGCAGUUUAUGGAUGGACUUAAUGGUGCUUUUAAGAGAAAGAAUGCCGAAGGAUUCCCUGGAAAUAUUCACUACUUUUAUCCGGCACCUGGCUCGAGUUCUUCAGUUGCAAUUCCUAUGAACGCCGACGGAAUCCCGGAUUACAGAGGCGGGAAUGAUGUUCCGUUGGUCAUGGAAGCUGCGGUCCAUAGAAGUGCAAGAAACCGAGGUACUGGUGCUAUUGGCGUUGACCCUGGCUUGGCUCAUAGUAAUAGCCAUUUGAUUCCAGGAAACUAUGGUGGUCAGCCGCUUCAAGCGGUGCCUGCGCCAUGGUUGGAUCAGCAGUUUUGUGGUAAUGGUAGUGAUGCCUGUGCCUUUUCAUGGAAUCAUGCUCCUGGUAUACCGUAUCUCCAAGGACCUAUUAACGGGGGUGGUAUGGAGGCUGCAAACAUGGGGUUACAUGGAUAUCAAGUUACAGCCAGCAACAGAAAUUCUGCAGCUUCUGCGGGUUUUGUGCGCCCACCCCCUCCUAUCACGCCUCAUCAGGGCCCCCACAAUCUUCAUCAUCCGCCACCGCCACCUAUGCCCCCAAUGCAAGGCCACAAUAUGGACUUCCAUUCUCAAUUAGCAUCAACUUCACGCAGAGUUCCAACAAACAGCACCACUUCAUACCCCAGUGUAAAUCCUUUUCAGAAUGGGAUAGAGCCAGGUCCGAGAUACGUGGGUCCCACACCGCCGACUGGUCUUAGGGUUUACCGGCCUCAUCGGCGGGAGAUGAUGGUUGAGGCAACUGCAAGGCAUCAUGGCUUUCCCCACUUGAGAGUUCUCCCCGAAGAUGGGGUUGCGAUUCUUGAUAUUUCUGGUUAUCAUGAAGUAGGGCAUUCGGUUGAUCAUCACAGAGAUAUGCGCUUGGAUAUCGAUCACAUGUCUUAUGAGGAGCUUCUUGCACUUGGUGAACAGAUUGGCAGCGUUGGCUCGGGCUUGUCGGAUGAUUUUAUUCUAGAACAUCUAAAAACGAGAGUAUAUGCUGCUUCAUCCAAAUCUUCUUCUGAUCCUGAAGACGCAUUGCCCGCUGAUCAAGAACUUAAUUCUUGCGUGAUUUGUCAGACCAACUACGAUGAUGAAGAGCAGAUCGGAGUGCUAGAUUGUGGGCACGAGUACCAUGUUGAAUGCGUGAAAAAAUGGUUGAUCGUGAAGAAUACCUGCCCGGUUUGCAAAUCCACAGCACUUGCUGCUGCACAAACUAAGGAGUCAUAGAAACCGAAGAAAUGCAAAGAGAAGCAGGAAGCCUUUGAAAAAAUUUAGGCGUCUUGCUUCUCUGUUGUUAUAUAUAUAAGAUAUAUAUAUAUAACUAAAGAGAGGGUGUUUCUUCUCUCUAUAAAUUAUGGUAAAUAUCAAAACUCUCUCGUUUUGUUUCUUUCGGGAUGUGGCAGUGAGCAACUGUUAAAAAGAACGAUAAGAUAAUCUCCGUUGGGCGUUUUGUCGAACCUUUUGUACAGACUUUUUUUCCUGUUGGUUCACUCAGUGGAUGAUCUGUCUGUUGGGUUCAUAUGUACUUAUGAAUGUUAAUAUCAGGUUGAACAUUCAUUCA